GUAGUGUAUGGUAUUUCAUAAGAGUCAGUUGUAUCGAUACUGCUUUUGAUAUGGAAUGGGAAGUGCUUCUUUUUGUGAAGCAUGAUGAUAGCAUAAGUAAAUAUAUCAAUUUCGAAAGUACAGAUAAAGAAAAGAUUAAAAGAUUUGUAACUGCAAUACAUAAAG